AUGAGACUGCUUGUGCUAGCUCUCACUGUGGCCCUUGCAGCCGGUUACCAGGUGAGCUUUGUUCCAGAGUUUGCUACCGGUAAGACCUACAAGUAUAAAUAUGAAGCAUUACUCUUGGGCGGACUGCCUGAGGAGGGUCUCGCACGUGCCGGAGUGAAAAUCCAUAGCGAAGUCUUGAUCAGUGCAGCAGCUGGUGACAUCUUUGUGCUAAAGCUUGAAAGCCCUGAAAUCCUUGAGUACAGCGGCAUCUGGCCUAAAGAUGCUUUCAUCCCAGCCACCAAGCUCACCUCUGCCCUGGCUGCUCAGCUCUUGACCCCAAUCAAGUUUGAGUAUGCCAAUGGUGUUGUGGGCAAAGUGUUUGCACCUGCUGGCAUUUCUGCAACUGUGCUGAAUAUCUACAGGGGAAUCCUCAACAUCUUCCAGCUGAACAUCAAGAAGACUCAGAACGUCUAUGAGCUGCAAGAGGCUGGAGUUCAGGGUGUGUGCAAGACCCAGUAUGUCAUCAGUGAGGAUGCAAAGGCUGAACGCAUCCUGCUGACCAAGACCAAGGACCUGAGCCAAUGCCAGGAGAGAAUUGUUAAGGACAUCGGCCUGGCUUACACAGAGACAUGCGUGGAGUGCGAGGCUAGAGGAAAGUCUCUGAAGGGAACUGCUGCUUUCAGCUAUGUCAUGAAGCCAUCAGAUACAGGUGUCCUGAUUUUGGAGGCAACUGCCACAGAGCUCAUCCAGUUCUCACCUUUAAACAUCUUGAAUGGCGCUGCCCAGAUGGAGGCCAAACAGACCCUGACCUUGAUGGGGAUGGAGAAGAUUCCAGUGGAGCCCAUCAAGGCUGAAUAUCUGCCCAGUGGAUCCCUGCAGUACGAGUUUGGCAGCGAGCUUCUUCAGAUUCCCAUCCAGCUUCUGAGGAUCACUAAUGUUGAGACUCAGAUUGUUGAGACUCUCAACCACUUGGUGGCCAACAAUGUUGCCAAGGUCCAUGAAGAUGCUCCUCUGAAGUUCAUUGAGCUCAUCCAGCUGCUGCGUGUGGCCACAUGUGAGAACAUUGAGGCCCUCUGGACUCAGUUCAAAGAAAGACCAGAUCACAGGCACUGGCUCCUGAAUGCUGUCCCUGCAAUUGGUUCUCAUACAGCUCUGAAGUUUUUCAAGGAAAAGUUCUUGGCUGGUGACCUGACUAUUGUUGAAGCUAUUCAAGUUCUGCUGUCAUCAAUGCACAUGGUGACAGCCGACCUGGAAGCCAUCAAGAUAGCUCAGGGACUGACCAAGGUAGACAAGAUCCUGGAAAACCGAGUCCUUGCGGAGAUUGCCCUGCUGGGCUACGGCACCCUGGUUUCUAAAUACUGUACAGAGAAUCCAACCUGCCCAGCUGAACUUGUUAGGAUACAUUUAAUUUGUUUAUGGUCCGUCCAUGACCUUGCUGGCCAAGAGAAAUUUGAGAAGCUUUCUUUUGAUCUCAAAGUUCUUGGUAAUGCUGGACACCCUGCCAGCCUCAAGCCAAUCAUGAAGCUCCUGCCUGGCUUUGGCAGUGCUGCUGCUCAUCUGCCACUUCGGGUUCACAUUGAUGCACUUCUGGCCCUGAGGAACAUCGCUAAGAAGGAGCCCAAGAUGAUCCAGGAUAUGGCUGUUCAGCUGUUUAUGGACAAGGCCCUCCAUCCAGAGCUGCGUAUAACUGCUGCUAUUCUGCUGUUUGAGACCAAGCUGCCAAUGGGUUUGGUGACUACUCUGGCUGAUGCCCUUUUGAAGGAAUCAAAUCUGCAGGUUGCCAGCGUUGUCUACUCAUACAUGAAGGCCAUGACCAAGAACACUGCCCCUGACUUAGCCUCUAUUGCUGCAUCUUGUAAUGUUGCUGUGAAGAUCCUAAGCCCCAAAUUCGAAAGACUAGGCUACCGCUUCAGCAAAGCUCUCUAUAUUGAUGCAUACACCAGUCCCUGGAUGAUGGGUGCUGCUGCAAGCGCCUUCUACGUUAAUGAUGCUGCGACCGUUUUGCCAAGGGCCGCUUUGGCCAAAGCUCGCGCCUACCUCGCAGGAGCUUAUGCUGAUGUACUUGAGCUUGGUGUGAGAACUGAGGGACUCCAGGAGGCCCUUUUGAAACACCAGGUUCCUGAAAAUGCUGACAGGAUCACCAAGAUGAAACAAGUUAUGAAGGCUCUUUCUGAAUGGAGAGCUCAUCCUUCAAGCCAGCCCCUGGCCUCUGUGUAUGUGAAAUUCUUCGGACAGGAAAUUGCAUUUGCCAACAUCAACAAAGAAAUUGUUGAACGGAUCACUGAGCUUGCCAGGGGACCAGCUAUUCACACAUAUGGAAGGAAAGUUUUGGAUGGUCUCUUGUCUGGUUUCGCAUUGCAUUAUGCUAAACCAAUGCUGGUUGCUGAGGUUCGUCGUAUUCUUCCCACCACUGUUGGUCUGCCCAUGGAGCUAAGUUUAUACACUGCUGGAGUGGCUGCUGCAUCUGUAGAAUUCCAAGCAGAGGUAACACCACCUCUGCCUGAGAAUUUCCAUGCUGCACAGCUUCUGAAGUCUGAUAUCAGCAUGAGGGCUGCCAUUGCCCCAAGUGUUUCCCUGCAUACAUAUGCAGUUAUGGGAGUAAACACUGCCUUGAUCCAGGCCGCUUUGCUGUCAAGAGCCGAAGUCCACGCAAUCAUUCCUGCAAAGAUUGAAGCAAGAAUUGACAUAAUUAAGGGCAACUUCAAGCUUCAGCUCCUGCCUGUUCAAGGCAUCGAUAAAGUUGCAUCUGCACUUGUUGAGACUUUUGCAGUAGCAAGAAAUGUGGAAGACCUUGCAGCUGCCAAAUUCACACCCAUGAUUCCUGCUGAAGUUCCAGCACAGCUGGCUGGUAGCAUGUCAGAAUCUUUUGAAAGCAUUCCUACUGUCCUGCCAAGCCAGCUGAAACUCCUCAAGGCUUUCAAGAAGAAAAUGUGUGCUGUAAUUGAAACUUUUGGAAUCAAGGCAUGCACUGAGAUUGAAUCUCACAAUGCCGCCUUCAUCAGACACUGCCCACUCUACUCCAUGAUCGGAAAACAUGCUGUCGUUGUUGAGGUUUCUCAAGCUGCCGGGCCAGUCAUUGAGAAGAUUGAAAUUGAUAUUCAGGUUGGAGAUGAAGCAGCAGAAAAGAUCAUCAAAGUUAUCAAUAUGAGCGAGGAAGAGGAGAUUCUGGAGGACAAGAAUGUCCUGAUGAAACUCAAGAAAAUCCUGGUUCCUGGUCUGAAGAACACCACUGCCAGGUCUUCCAGCUCCAGCAGUUCUCAGUCUGGCAACUCUCCCUCAAGUAGCUCCCGUUCAAGUCUCUCCUCCUCUGCAUCAUCCAAGUCCUCCUGCAGCUCUUCCUCUAGCCUCAAGAGCAAGAACGCCAGAUCCAGCUCCCUGUCCAAACAAGAACUGUAUGAGAUGAAGUUUACCAAGAAACAUAUCCACCAGCAUGCUUUUUCCACAGCCCGUGCUAACAGCGGGAGCAGUGGCUACAGUUUUGAAGCCAUCUACAAAAAGGCCAAGUACCUCGCAAAGGAAGUCUCUCCCAUUGUGACCAUUCUUGUCCGUGCUGUGAGAGCCGACAAAAAGCCUCAGGGAUACCAGUUUACAGCCUACUUUGACAGAGCUACUGCCAGACUUCAGAUCAUUCUUGCCAACCUGGCCGAGAACGACCACUAUAGGAUCUGUGCUGAUGCCAUGAUGCUGAGCAAACACAAGCUAAUGGCUAAAAUUGCCUGGGGCAUUGAGUGCAAACAAUACGAGACUGAGACCACAGCUGAGACUGGUGUUGUAGGUAAAGAGCCUGCCUUCCGCGUUAAGCUGACCUGGGACAAACUUCCCAAGAGCAUGAAACGCUACGCCAAGAAGCUUUCUAAGUACACCUUCCACAUCGCUAAGGCGGCCGGAGUAAACCUGGAAAAGGUCAAGAACAUUCGCAACCAGAUCAAACUGAGUGUUGCUGUUGCUUCUGAUACAAGUGUGGAUGUGGUGCUGAAGACACCAAAGAGAACCAUGUAUAAACUGGCCAUAGCUCUCCCCAUUUCUCUGCCAUUUGGAGACACUGCUGCUGAGCUGGAAUUUUACCAGAGUAACUGGGCUGACAAGAUUUCUUACAUGAUCACCAAGGCUCAUUCAGCUGAGUGUGCCAUGGUUAAUGGCACACUGGUCACAUUCAACAACAGGAAAUACAAGAAUGAGAUGCCCCAAUCCUGCUACCAGGUUUUGGCACAAGAUUGCACCCCUGAACUUAAAUUCAUUGUUCUGCUGAAGUGGGACCAUACACAGGAACAGAACCAGAUCAAUGUGAAGAUUGCAAACAUUGAUGUGGACAUGUAUCUGAGGGACAGUGUUGUCAUGGUGAAGAUCAAUGGAGUAGAAAUUCCCACCCACAACAUGCCAUAUCAGCAUCCUGAAGGCAAAAUUCAAAUCAUACAGAGAGAUCAGGGAAUCGCACUCCAUGCACCGAGCCAUGGUCUUCAGGAGGUCUAUUUUGAUCUGAACACAUGGAGGGUUAAAGUUGUAGACUGGAUGAGAGGACAGACCUGUGGACUCUGUGGAAAGGCUGACGGUGAAAUCAGACAGGAGUACCGCAUACCAAACCAACGCCUGACAAAGAAUGCUAUCAGCUACGCUCAUUCCUGGGUUAUGCCUGGAAAGAGCUGCAGGGAUAGCUCUGAGUGUUACAUGAAACUUGAGUCUGUGAAAUUGGAGAAGCAGGUCGUCCUGUAUGGGGAGGAGUCCAAAUGCUACUCUGUUGAGCCUGUACUGCGCUGCCUGCCUGGCUGCAUGCCUAUCAGGACCACCACGGUCACUAUUGGAUACCACUGCCUGCCUAUUGAUACAACCCUGAACCGAUCUGAAGGUAUGAGCAGCAUCUUUGAGAAGAGCAUUGACCUAAGAGAAACCGCAGAAGCCCACCUAGCCUGUCGCUGCACUGCUCAGUGUGUUUGAUUUAAUUUCCUGCUGUCCCUCCAUGUUGUAUUCUUUGUUUUAUGUCAACAUUGUUAUCAACUUGAAUUGUAGAUUGAAAUAAAUUGCAGAGGCAUUCA